AUGCCCUCAUCACAGCGGCCCUUCUUCCUCUCCUCCUUCCUCGCCGCCUUCCGCCAACAGACACCCUCCGCAUCCACGUUAUCAGCCUCCUCACAGCCAAACAAGACGCACUCGCAUACCCACCCGCACACGCAUCAGCACGCAGCGUCCGGGUCCGCCCCGUCGGGCGCCCGCGCCAUCUCCACCGCCUCCGCAGCAGCAUCCGGACAGGCCGCCUCGUCCUCCCGGGCACCCGGCGGCGUCAUGAACCAGCUGCCCAUCCACAGCCCGCGCGGCACCCACGGCGUGCCGAUACCCGGGGCGGCGUCUGGCCGGCGGCGCGGCAGCGACAGCAGCAGCGAGGGCUUCCGCGACGUGCUGGGCGGCGAGAAGUGGUACAUCGGGGGCCGGACGGCCGGCGGGGAGGAGAAGUUCUUCAAGCUCGGCGUCGUGCGGCGCGUGAGGAGCAACGACCGCUUGAGCUUGGAUCGGCUGAGUCUGUGA